GAGGGGGACAAGCGUGCGUUUUACGAGAGCUCGCAGCGGGAGAUGAACGACAACCGCGCUGAAAUUACUCGUCUGCGCAAGGAGAACAAAACCAUGGCUGCACAGCUCAAGCAGCUCAAGAAGCCUGCUGUGGCUCAUCGAGCUUCAGGUCCCGUUGCCCUCACCCAGGGCGAGAUUCAGACGGUCGUCAAGAAGCGCAACACGCUUCGCCACCAGAUCAAGCAGGCCAAGGCCAAACACGAGGCCCAGCUCAAGGUGCUGCGCGAGCUCGAAGUCGAGGGAGACUUUGUCAACAAUGAAGGUGGGGCUGCUUCGAGUGAGAUGCAGCAGAUUCGGCGUCUGGAGAACAACCUCGACAAGGCCAACAUCAAGGCACAGGAGGCACAACACAUCAAGCAGACCUAUCUCAAGAUUAUUGAUCAGCUGCAGAAGGAUCGCCUUCAGUUCGAUCAAACCAUUUCAGGCCUUGAGAAGACUCUCGAGGGACGCAAACAAGAGCUUGCCCAGCUCGAGGCGAUGUGCCAGGAUGCCUGCGCGGCCCGGGAUGCUGCGCGCAAUGCCCUCGCCCAGAAGGAGAUUGAACUGGCCGACCAGCGCAAGGCGCGUGAGACAGAAAAGGCACAGCUCUCGGCCCAGGUGGAAGAGCGGCGGCGUCAAUACGAGGCCAUGGAAAAGCGCUUGCGCAUGGCCUCAGCCAGUCAAAAUCGCAAAAACGCCGGUGGGUAUUUGUCGGACACGGACUCGUCCAAGACACAGGAGCGUUUGAUGACGUACGAGGAGGCGAUGGCUCGCAUCCGCGACGCCACGGGCGCAUCGGACGUCCACGAAGUCGUACAGCGUUUCAUGAACCAGGAAGAGUCACAACGCCACUUGCAAAAGCUUCAGCAAGAGAACCAAGCCAAGCUGGCCGAGCUCCGUGAGGAACACGCUCGCAAACAGAAGCAAUUUGAGGCCCUCAAGUAUUCGGGAGAGGCCCGCAACACGGGCAACCAACGCAUUCUCAACGAGUUUGAGAACCACCUUAAUGCAGCACAAACCCGCCACCGCGGGGCCAAGGAAACAUCAGAUCGCCUGAACAAAACGUUGGUGGCUCUCACGGCCGGCAUUGACGCCUUGUACGCCAAGCUGGGCGUGCUCAAGCCCGUCAAAUUUCGCGCUGCCAACAACGUCAUGGACAAGCUUGUGGAGAGUCAGCUGCGUCUGAAAACCUUGCACGAGGAACUCGCCAGCCGCAAAACGGAGCUUCCCGACGGUCUGCAGGGCGAGAGCAUACCUCGCAUCCUGCCCCAACACAAUACUCGUGUUAACCUCAAUGACACGGUCGACGAGGAAGAGGACGAGUUUGAUGACGAUGAGUUCAUGUCUCGAGACGCCAUCAAGCGCCAAGCGCAGACCGUGGUGGAGGCCAAGGCCGACAAGAAGCGCGUCAUCUAG